UCUUCCCAGUAAUGAUAUCUAUUUAGCUCUGGCUAACUAAACUCAAACUGGACUCAACCAGUUACUGGUCUGUGACUGGGAGCAUUUCAACCAUCAGCAAAAACAUUCUAACAUGAAUCAUAAGGACGAGAGCCUGACCUGACAUUUAUUCACAGAUAUCAGGUGUUGUCAUGUCUGAUUCAUAAAGUUGUUUAUGCUCUUAUUCAUGUGUCUGGCAGACACUUUUGUCCAGAGCAACGUAAAAAUCAGGUUGAUGCUGCAAUAAUGCAACAUCAGGAUCAAACCUAACAAUAACUAACAAUAAGUCAGAUUCAUCAGAGGUGUUGAGGAUUUCAUUUUACUUUGCAGUUCAGUUAAAUGUCACUGGCCCAGUUUAUUUAUUAGCAUGCAUUAGAGAAUUGUGAAAACAAGUUUCUAUUUCUAUAUUUGUAAUGAUUGUUCAUCCGCCCCUGCCACUUGCUGCCCUGUGUGUAAUGGAGAUAAAUACUCUGCUGAUGAGGAAGUUACACCUCCGCACACACGCAACGUUUUCAUGCUUAAAAGGAAGCUGCUUCACAGACGCAGUCAGUCGUGGAUGUGGAGAAACAGAAGCAUGAUGCUUUCCUUUAAGUGGAUCUCUAAGACUUUAUUUACAAUUCUGAUGCUUCAGCUCACAGCAACAGCUGGACAGCAGCGAGCUUUCUUCACUGUUAAAACUGGUGAUGGAGUCACUUUACCCUGUGGAAAUGUGGGACAGGAGAAACACAACUGUGACAGAAUCACAUGGACGUUCAGUCGGCCAGGAAACAGAAACGUAUCAUUGUUUGAACGAAGCCGUUUCACAGAAGAGGCUAACGCUAAGUCAGGCAGACUGAGUGUCGCAGCAGACUGUUCUCUGGUCAUCAAGAGUGUCACAGUGGAGGAUUCUGGUCAAUACGGAUGCAGACAAAAUAACCUCAUCAUGGUGGAUCUGUCUGUUGUUACCAUGACUGAACAAAGAAACAAUGGAAAAGUCACCUUCACCUGCUCUGUGUCUCAACUCACAUACUGCAGACACUCAGUGAUGUGGCUGUAUGAGGGCAAAGAGGAAAUAUCACCAGAUAUGAAUGUAUCAUCCUGCUCUGCUGCUGUCACAAUCCCAGCAUCUCAUCUGCAUCACAACUCAAAGUUUUACCAGUUAUUAAAGUGUAAAGUACAGGAUGGAUAUAAUGCCAAAAAAGAGCUGCUGUUCACCUUCAGCCGUCAGUCAUCAGGUGACAAAACAGAACAAUCAACAACAACUCCAGCAACUACAUCAGCAACAACUAAAUCAAUAUUAACCCAAUCAGAAAGAACUGAAUCAGCAUUGUCAACCAGCAGCAGGUGGCUAACAUCAGAAACCCCAACAGCAGCUCUAUUUACCAAAAAUAACCAAACAAAAUCACAAGGUUGGAUUUGGUGGGCUGUCAUGGUGUCCAUGUUGUUAGCAGGACUCUUAAUAACUGUGAUUGUAAUAAUUGGAUGGAUAAAAACUAAAGGAAAUAAAAAGCAGAAGGAAGACCAACCUCAGGUUGAUUUUUAUGCUUCUUAUGCAUCCAUAAACCACGGCAAUGAAACCAGGACAAACAGAAACGUCCCUGACACUGUGAUCUACAGCACUCUGCAGGCUCCUUCUGCUGUGAUCUGAUUGGCUGCAGAAGAAAAAGCAACAUUUUCCUUUAAUUUUAAUGUUUUCUUCUGGAUCAUUUCUGCUUGUUUGAUGCAAUCUGCUGUCAUCCUGCCUCUCUGCAGAGCUUGAGUCACAAUCCUUCAAAGAUUUAAUACAUUUAGAAACUUUAUUGUAAUAUAUGUAUUUUUGUUAUGCUCGCAAAUUAUGCAUUCAGUAGAAUUACAGUGUUUUUCA